CAAAGAGGGCAUCUGUGAACCGAGCCUGAACUUAGUCAGACAGUCUGUGUUCAGUCUGUUUCCCAUACGUUGUAGAGAUAGCGUAUUUGCGGGGGAGGGUUAUCCUAAACGCAGCCGGGGGUCACUGUGCUCUGAACAGGAAGCUCUGCUAUUGCUUCAUUGCAGCUGAUCCUCUGGAAUCCCAACGCCUCUCCUCUCCGGAGUCAAGAGGGGCAACCUCAGAGCACAGCAGUCACAUCAGGCUGUUGCAGCUGUGCUAACAGCUCCAGCAGCGAGAUCAGAUUACAUUUCUCCCCUUGUCUCUCUCUUCCUCUCUCUUUCUCUCUUUGCUUCCCCUCUGCCCCCAAGGCCUUACCUUCUGAAGCGAGAAGGGGAAGGAGCAGGCUGCAAAACUCACUCAGGAAUUCUCCCUCUGAGGAAGCGUUUGGCACUGUGAGCUGCUUGGUGAGUAGCUGGAGAGGCGAGCAGAAUGAGAGCAGAUGUAUUUCUAGCUGCCAUCUUGUAUCUUCUGUCCAGCAACGGGCCAUGUCAUGGGACUGCACCUUCAGAGGAGGAGGAAUAUGGAGAGGCUGUCGGUCCUGCUUGGCCCCCACUGAAACUGGGCAUGUCCAUCUGUGCCUUCAAAGCGGAUGGUGGGCCCUGCAAAGCAUUGCACGUCCGGUAUCACUUUGACAUCCAAACCCGCCAGUGUGAAAUCUUUAACUAUGGUGGAUGCGAAGGCAAUGAAAACAACUUUCUGACUCUAGAGGAGUGCCAGCUAAAGUGCAUAGUACCAGAUGUGCCUGAGAAGAAAAAGAGAUCAAAAUCUCAGAGAGGAAAGCCUCCUUACUGCCUUCUGGAGAAUGACCCUGGUAUCUGCCGAGGAUUAAUUACCCGGUAUUUCUUCAACAAAGAAUCGAUGAAGUGUGAGAAGUUCCAGUAUGGUGGUUGCCUAGGAAACCAAAACAACUUUCAUACUUUGAAAGAAUGCCAAGAUACCUGUGAGGACAACCUUCGUUCUGCCAAUUCAUUGCAAAUAACCGACAUGCUGGUUAGCACAACGAAUAAUACUACUCCAGUUGUAAAGCAAGAGUCAGUCCUGCUCCCUUCCCUCUGUGUGAUGCGCAGGGACAGAGGCCUUUGCAAAGCCAACGAGAAAAGGUUCUUCUACAAUCUCACUACCGGCAAAUGUCAUCCGUUCAAUUACAGUGGCUGCGGUGGGAACGAAAACAACUUUACCUCUAGAAAGUCCUGCCUGCAGAUGUGUAAGAAAGAGUCAGUCCUGCUCCCUUCCCUCUGUGUGAUGCGCAGGGACAGAGGCCUUUGCAAAGCCAACGAGAAAAGGUUCUUCUACAAUCUCACUACCGGCAAAUGUCAUCCAUUCAGUUACAGUGGCUGCGGCGGGAACGAAAACAACUUUACCUCUAGAAAGUCCUGCCUGCAGAUGUGUAAGAAAGGUUUCCAAGGCAGAAUGAAAAUUCGCCGGAAGAGAAAAAAACAAGCAAAGCUGAUAGAUGGGGAAAUUGUCAUUGAAAGGAUAUAGCUUCCCUUCUACCAUCUCUGCCUAUCAUUUGCAUUUCCUGCCUUAUUCACAUAUAUUAUUUAUCGAGAUUUUA